AUGGAAUCUGAAGUUCAGGUUGAUCCAAAAGACUACAUGUUCAGUGGACUGAAGAAUGAAACAGUGGGUCGCUUACCUGGGAAGGUGGCAGGACAACAGUUUCUCAUUCAAGACUGUGAGAGCUGUAACAUCUAUAUUUUUGAUCACUCUGCUACAAUUACUAUUGAUGACUGUACUAACUGCGUCAUUUUUCUGGGACCUGUGAAAGGCAGUGUGUUUUUCCGCAAUUGCAGAGAUUGCAAGUGCGCACUGGCCUGCCAACAGUUUCGUGUGCGGGACUGUAGAAAGCUGGAAGUCUUUUUGUGCUGUGCCACGCAACCCAUUAUUGAGUCUUCCACAAAUAUCAAGUUUGGCUGUUUUCAAUGGUACUACCCUGAAUUAGCUUUCCAGUUCAAAGAUGCAGGGCUAAGUAUCUUCAAUAAUAACUGGAGUAAUAUCCAUGACUUUACACCUGUGUCUGGAGAAGUCAACUGGAGCCUUCUUCCAGAAAAUGCUGUUAUUCACGACUAUGUUCCUCUACCUACUACCAAUGAGCUCCAAGCUGUCCGCAUUUCCACAGAAGCCAAUAGAAGUAUCGUUCCGGUAACCCAGGGUCAGAGACAGAAGAACAGUGAUGAAUCAUGCCUAGUGGUAUUAUUUGCUGGUGAUUAUACUAUCGCAAAUGCCAUGAAACUAAUUGAUGAGAUGGUUCAUUUAGGUUUUUUCCUGAUGCAGACAAAGGAAGUAUCCAUGAAAGCUGAGGAUGCUCAGAGGGUUUUUCGGGAAAGAGCACCUGAAUUCCUUCAACUUCUGAACAAAGGUCCUGUUAUUGCCUUGGAGUUUAAUGGAGAUCGUGUUGUAGAAGAUUGUCAAAAUGUUGUCAACGAGAUAUUCAAGAGCACCAAGACGUUUGUAUCACAAAACAAGGAGACAGCAUCUAGAGAUAUAGACGGCUUCUACAACUUUGCUGAUAUACAGAUGGGAAUAUGAAGUGCACCGUGGAACCAGGGACUUGGAAUUAAAGCCCUUCUCAACUUGUAUAUUACCAACGGCUUUUACUAAGGCUAACAUUGUUAAAGUUGAUUCUUCAAUAAAUUAUUAAAUACUGCAUCAUUUA